GGCCUUUUUGUAUGACAGCAAACCCUCGCCUGUUGACAAUACAGUCAAUGUAGAAUGGAAUCUGAGUUUUGCAUGGUGAAGGUUCCGUACUUAAGAUCUAAAUACAGUAUUGUCAAAAUCUGCAUAUUUAUGUAAUUUUGAUGUUUUGGUUAUGCAAAUGCCAUAGGUGAAUCCCCUUAGAAGGCAUUUUUGAAUAAAUUAUGUAAAGCUGAAACUCCCAUAUUGCAACUGGAUUAUAUAAUGAACUACUGCCCAGCAUUUGUAUGUAGUUUUAGUAACUGAUAGUUGCAAACAGUCCUUAAACAAAAACAAUGGAAUUGAGAUGUGAAAUGUGACAUGCUAUCCCUGUGAUCAGCCAGUUCAUUUUAAUUGUUAAGUUUCAACUUUCAUUUUGUUGUUUGUUAAGGUUUUGAUAUCUAAAUUAUAGCAACUCUAUUUCGGUAUUAUAGAUUGAUAAGUAUUCACAUCACAAGUGGCAUAUUUUUCGUGCUUAGAAAUUAUGUGUUGCUUUUAUUACAUGUUGGUUUCUGUGUACAGAAUUUUAUUUUUUUAAAAAUAUCCACGCAUCUAUAUCACACCGCAUGUCUUUAAGGCAGUUGCCAAAUUUGAAUCACCCUCCAUUAGCUGAUUGAGUUUAAAUGUGGCAUUAUGGAUCCAUGGUAUAAGUGACAGAGACAGCAAGGUUUCAGAAACUGGAGGAAAAAUGUGGCUGGUAGGGUUACUCGCAAUACUAGAGACCCGGAUUCAGACCUGACCUUAGGUGCUGUCUCUUUGGAGUUUGUGUGUUCUUCUUGUGACUGCAUGGAUCUUCCCCAGGUUUCCUCCCACAUCUCAAAGGUGUGCAGGUUGGUGGGUUAAAUGACCACUGUAAAUUAUCCAAGUGUGUAGGGAGUUGAUGGGAAUGUGGGGAGAAUUCUUAAAAAUGUGUUUGGUGUUGCAUUAAUAUAAAUGGGUAGGCUUGAGAAGGCUGUUUUUGUGCAGUAUGUCUCUAUGACUAAUAUAGUCCUGUAUCGGGUUCAAAAAUGUAUAUCCUGUUGGCAAACAGAAUAAAACUAGUAAAUGGAACUAGGUACCUUGUUUUUUGUGUAACUACUAUAAAUUUGAAUAUUAAUGAAAGUUUUACAAAAAGCUUUUAUUAUUCUAUAGAUGGAGGCAACAAUUGGGAACAGUAUUGUUUUAUGAUUUUAGAAAUGUUCCCUGCAGUGUUACUAACUUGUUAGAAUAUCACAAGAUGACAACUUGUGGAUUGCUGAGUUAAGGUCUCUUUAGCAACAUCUUCUGUUGGUAUGUUGUAUCACUCCAAAGUCUCUGGUGAUUGUAGCGCUAGAGUAAAUUUCACUGAUAUUUUGGAGUGAUUGCUAGUGUGCUGUACAAUAUUCUCAUCAUGUUCCUGAAAUAUUUGCUGUUAUUUCUGAACUCUGUUCCUAACAGUCAAGUACUGCAGAUGAAAGUAAAUGGUGAUUGAAAUUGGCAGCAGUGGGAAAGGUUUUCCACAGUGUGGUUAUAGUUGAUUUCUAUUUGGUUAAGAUCAAGGACUGAUGAUCAGGUUAUAUUAGCAUUCAGUCAGUUAGUUCUGGGUAAUGGUCUGCUAUAUUCAAUGUUGGAACAGCAAUUUGAUGUCUGUUUACCACAUUGGUAUUCCUGUUGCCAAGGAACACAACAAUACAUUUCAGUGACCAGGUCUAGGCUCAGCCGAGGAUUGCAUAUGUAUGAUUAAGAUAAAUGCUGAUGUAAAACUGUAAGGAGUAUAUUCUGUGUUUUUGUACUUGCCUUAGGUAGGUGAAUGAAGUGCUUGUGCUGCCUGGAACAAAAACUUGCUGCUGACGUAUCCCACUUUUUUCCUUUUGACUUCCUACUUGUUCCUUUGUUCUGAUAAUUUUGAUUUUACAUUUUAAAUCUGUAAGUCUCUCUAGUACGAUGUGCACACAUUUGAAACCAAGUACAUUUUUUAGGUGGAGUGGGCAGUAAUUUGACCAGGGUGUGCAGAUGUAAUUUCAUAUUCAUUUUUAAAUUCAUUCAUUCUUGUCGGCAGACCCUUGGCUGGAUAGAUUAUCACAUUGAAGGUGCACACUUUUAGUGGUAGCGCUCCGCAAUGCCGCCAUUGGUGAUGAGGUGUAAUUGCAUUGUGAUGUUUACAUGGAGGUUUUUCCACUUUGUCAAUGUAACCACAGAAAUUUAAAAUGGAAAAAGUUGAUAGGGGUAUGCAGAGGUAUGAAAUUAUUGCCUGUGGUUUAAAAUUUAAUAUUGUAUAUACUAAGCUUGUCAAUGUUAUAGUAAAAUUAACCUUCAUUUAGUCAUAGUCAUACUUUAUUGAUCCCGGGGGAAAUUGGUUUUCGUUACAGUUGCACCAUAAAUAAUAAAUAGUAAUAAAACCAUAAAUAGUUAAAUAGUAAUAUGUAAAUUAUGCCAGUAAAUUAUGAAAUAAGUCCAGGACCAGCCUAUCGGCUCAGGGUGUCUGACCCUCCAAGGGAGGAGUUGUAAAGUUUGAUGACCACAGGCAGGAAUGACUUCCUAUGACGCUCUGUGCUACAUCUCGGUGGAAUGAGUCUCUGGCUGAAUGUACUCCUGUGCCCACCCAGUACAUUAUGUAGUGGAUGGGAGACAUUGUCCAAGAUGGCAUGCAGCUUAGACAGCAUCAUGUUUUGAAGUCGUCAGACUUAAAUACUAAUUGAGUAUUGCCCCUUUUAGAUUUCAGAUAUCUGUGGUGUUCAAAGCAAAUCAAAGAUACUCAAACAAUAACUCCUACCUACACCAUGCCCAUAUCCCUCCAUCCUCCUUAUAUCCAUGCACCUAUCUGAACAUUUGUUCUUUGCUUCAAUUUUUGUUUGGUAAUGCCUCUGUAAUGCCUCAAUCUUUUUUGAUAAGUUUAGUUUUAUUUUUGUUUAAUUCAUUGCCUCUUCCACUGAAGAACUGCCGAUCUCGCAGUUCUGCUGUUCCGUGUUUUGUCCCUUUUGCCCUGCCCACUUUUAUUGCUACCUGCCAUCAUUGUUCUUAUUAUGUAGGUUUUUUUUAAAUGUAGAGCCACACCACUCAUAGUAGCUUCAGGUCUAGUGUGUCCGUGUCUGACCGUGACCUCCGUUCUCUCAUUCUAAACAAAUCUAUUUCUCCAUUUGACUAUAGUGCAGGUGAUAAUAACUUGGAGCACUACAGCAUAGAAACAGGCCCUUCAGCCCAACCAGUCCAUGCCAGUCUGGUUUUCUGCCUCGUCCCAUCUGCCGGCACCCACACCAUACCCUUCUCAUCCAUGUUCCUAUCCAAACUUCUCUUCAAUGUUACAGCGAUGCUUCACUACCAGAUGAACUCAACACCUUCUAUGCACGCUUUGAAAGGGAGUACACAACUACAGCUGUGAAGAUCUCUGCUGCACACAGUGACCCUGUGAUCUCUGUCUCAGAGGCUGAUGUUAGUCUGUCUUUAAAGAGAGUGAACCCUCGCAAGGUGGAAGGUCCCGAUGGAGUACCUGAUAAGGCUCUGAAAACUUGUGCCAACCAACUAGCGGGAGUAUUCAAGGACAUUUUCAACCUCUCACUGCUACAGGCAGAAGUUCCCACUUGCUUCAAAAAGGCAACAAUUAUACCAGUGCCUGUGAAGAAUAAUGUGGACUGCCUUAACGACUAUCGCCCGGUAGCACUCACGUCGACAGUGAUGAAAUGCUUUGAGAGGUUGGUCAUGACUAGACUGAACUCCUGCCUCAGCAAGGACCUGGACCCAUUGCAAUUUGCCUAUUGUCACAAUAGGUCAACUGAAGAUGCAAUCUCAAUGGCUCUUCACACAGCUUUAGACCACCUAGACAACACAGUCACCUAUGUCAGAGUGCUGUUCAUUGACCAUAGCUCAGCAUUUAACACCAUCAUUCCCACAAUCCUGAAUGAGAAGUUACAGAAUCUGGGCCUCUGUACCUCCCUCUGUAAUUGGAUCCUCGACUUCCUAACUGGAAGACCACAGUCUGUGCAGAUUGGUGAUAACAUAUCCUCUUUGCUGACGAUCAACACUGGCGCAUCUCGGGUGUGUGCUUAGCCCACUGCUCUACUCUCUGUAUACACGUGACUGUGUGGCUAGACGUAGCUCAAAUACCAUCUAUAAAUUUAUUGACAAUACAACCAUUGUUGGUAGAAUCUCAGGUGGUGACGAGAGGGCAUACAGGAGUGAGAUAUGCCAACUAGUGUAGUGGUGCCGCAGCAACAAUCUGGCACUCAAUGUCAGUAAGAUGAAAGAGCUGAUUGUGGACUUCAGGAAGGGUAAGACGAAGGAACACAUACCAAUCCUCAUAGAGGGAUCAGAAGUGGAGAGAGUGAGCAGCUUCAAGUUCUUGUGUGUCAAGAUCGCUGAGGAUCUAACUUGGUCCCAACGCAUUGAUGCAGUCAUAAAGAAGCAGAGCACUUUGAAAAUGGACAUAGAAGAUUGCAAUGGUCGUGGUUACAUUUCUGGAAACGGUGACUCUUCAAUGGACAAAGAAUUCCCUGGGGCAAUGGUGGGUCCAACAGUGAGCACACCCAACAGUCAGCACUCUUCACCCAGCCGUUCUUUGAGUGCCAACUCCAUCAAGGUUGAGAUGUACAGCGAUGAAGAGGCAGGGAAACUUCUGGCACAGGAGGAUGGCGCUAGUGAUAAAGAUGAAGCAGUCAUUGCGGAUGAGCCUUUGACGGAGCCGCUAGGAUUCUGUGAGGGCACGGGGCAGGGACCUCAUUCUCCUGGAGGGAUUCGUCUUCCUAAUGGAAAACUGAAGUGUGAUCUGUGCGGAAUGGUCUGCAUCGGACCGAAUGUUCUUAUGGUACAUAAGAGGAGCCACACUGGUGAACGCCCCUUCCAUUGUAACCAGUGUGGUGCCUCAUUCACACAGAAAGGAAACCUCCUGCGGCACAUCAAAUUACACUCUGGGGAGAAGCCUUUUAAAUGUCCUUUCUGUAAUUAUGCCUGUCGGAGAAGGGAUGCACUCAGUGGACACCUCCGAACACAUGCAGUCUCAUCUCCUACCGUCGGCAAACCUUAUAAAUGUAACUACUGUGGGCGGAGUUACAAGCAGCAGAGUUCGCUGGAGGAGCACAAGGAGCGUUGCCACAACUACCUGCAGAGUCUGAAUGCUGAGCCCCCACAGCCAUCUACUCAGCAAGCAGGGGAGGAGAACCGUGACAUCGAUGUGAUGCCUGACCAUAUCCUUCAGCCAGCUCCUGACAGGCCUUCUUUUAUAGAUAGGCUUGCAAACAGCAUUGCAAAAAGGAAAAGAUCUACUCCACAGAAAUUUGUUGGUGAUAAACACAUACGCCUCAACCUAUCUGAUGUUCACUUUGAGAUGAACUCCAGUUUUGAGAAGGAUGUAGAGAUGAUGGCUCCUCACCCCAUGGACCAGAACUUGGGCAGUGCACUGUCCUAUCUAGGAACAGAAGCAAUGAGGCCUCCGAGGCUGCCAAUGACCAGUUGUUUACCAGAGAUCACGCCUGUGAUUAGUGCUGUCUACUCCCAUGUACAUCCCAUCCACAGCCGAGCUGAGGCACAGGGAAGUCGAGAGGCAGCAGAAGGCCAUGAAGAUGUGCCAGAAAAUCUGAAUUCUAAAGCAAAAAAUCAACUGGUAGAGCUUGGAGUAUCUCCAAGCAAUGGGUGUCAUGAUUCCACUGAUACAGAAAGCAGCCAUGAAGACAGGAAUGCCCAUGCUUUCACUAGUAACUAUGUCACAAGGCAAAGCCCGGCCUAUUCCAAAGAGGACCCAAAGGCACAGGAGCCUCCAUCAUCUGCCAAAGCAGCUCAAAGCUCAGCCAAAGAGGUCCUAAGAGUCUUAAAUGAAGAUGGAGAACAAGUUAAGGCUUAUAAUUGUAACCACUGCCGGGUUCUCUUUCUUGACCAUGUAAUGUUUACCAUACACAUGGGUUGCCAUGGAUUCAGAGACCCUUUUGAGUGCAACAUCUGCGGCCACCACAGCCAAGAUCGGUACGAAUUCUCCUCACACAUUGUCCGAGGAGAACAUAAAGUGAGUUAGAGAGGGCCACAUGGACUACACUUUUCUACUCCCCUUUCACUGACUUCAAAUAAAGAAGGAGGUGUUCUUACUAGGGUUGGACAAGAUAGUUGUUUUCAGGGAUUAAUCUACAGAAUAAGCGAGGGUUAAAUUCGGCUCCAAAUAAAACUAAGUGCUCUCCAUCUGGAAUUUUUUGUUGCAUCUUUAACAAAAAUAUGUUUGUUUAAAUUCUCUUUAAUUGAAUUUCAGAGGAAGAAAAUAUCCAUAUUUCUAGGGGCCCAAUUCUACAGUUAAUAAUUCAGAUUUUGGUACUUUUUUUCAAGCACUGAUUUAUUUGUGAUGUAUAUAAAGGCAGUGUAGGUGGGUUUUAUGUAAUAGGGAUGAAUUCAAACUGAGGCUUCUAUUCCUAUUAAAGCUCCCCAGUUAAUGGGCUUCAACUCUAUUUUAACCUUAUAGAUAAUUAAGUAUUCAACUGUUCAUUAAUCCUAAAGACCUUGUGUAACUUUAGAAGAGAAUCAUCCAGUGGAAACUACUGACCCUUUUUAGUGUCAUAUGAAUUCUUAACAUAGAUAAGUAGUAGUAAUUUAUCCAAAUAAUAUGCAUCAAAGGGAACUACCUAUGUUUAUUUAUGCCUCUGUGGAAUUUGUCUUUGAAGUUUGAUAUUUUAUAAAUGCCCAAUUUUUAAAACAUUGAUGAGGUUAAGAGUUGAACUAUCUCUCCAUCUUGGCAAUUUGACAUUUUUUAAUGAUGAAAGAGAUGAUGACUGUAAUUGUUUUCUUAAAACCAGUUCAAAAACUGUGGAUUAAUCCCAGACCAACAUGGCUUGGCUAUCAGUUACACAAUUAGGGUGUCCAGCCAGAUUCUGUAAUAGUAUCUUGGGGAGGGAGGGGUGCAUAUGGGCUCAGUGGUAAUUUGUUGGCAAGAAUAACCCUUGUAAAAUAACAAAUUUUAUCUGCUUCAGUUUGAAGAUGCCCAAUAAUGUAGUAGUGAACGUGCCUCCUUUGUCACUGUGGUUACAAGUUUAUAUCCUAUCAAUGGUUCACAUGUACUUGCCAACUGAAAAUGUGGUCAGUUUGGCAAAUCCUGGGUUGAACCAAUGCACCAUCAAAUUCUAUGUCAAAUGACCAGCCUGUAUGCUGAGCCACAGACUACCUUGACGAUAUUCAGGGUAACUAAGCCAUGGGGCGCGAAAGUGGAAUUUGAAGAACUAUUGUGGUGAAAUCAGACAAUUUAUGAAAUUAGUGUCAUAAGCAAUCCAAACUACCUCGUUCUAGCUGUUGGAUCUAAUAACUACCAUGACGCAACCUUGGCUGAUGAGAGGCUUUGAAUUGGUGGCUAAUGGUGAUAGCUUAGUAAUACUUCCUUAUUCCCCUUCCCCUCACCAAGCUGUUUGAUGAUGUCACAGUGUCGCCAACCACUUAGAAAGUGUACACAAAUUGAAAUGCUCAGUCUUUCUGGGCACAAUAGUUUCUGUUGUUCAGUACUUUCCGUGCUUGAAAGCACCAGUGCCCCAUUUGCAUAAAAUGUUGACUUUUAGCCUGACAGUACAGUUAAAGUGUAUACUUUCUGAAGUUCAAACCUCCAAAUUCAGUAUUCCAAUCCAUUAACUACCACGUGCAUGUUGAGUUUCUUUAGUUUUUGGCUGAAACACUGCAGUGCUGCUUACUCUGUGGGAAGAGGUAGCCAUCAGUGUUCAUGCUCACCAACACUGGAGCAGCAUUUGUACAAGAAGCUGUGAUGAAGUCUGGGUGUUUAUCUAGGAAUGUGCAGUUUUUAAAACUUUAAUCAUAUAAUAAAUAUUUUACUUUGGACCAAAUAAGGUUUACAGGUAGAGGGUUAAUAUAUUUUAAGCAAUUAAUGUGUUCGUAUCUAUUAAAAGGAGUUUUCCAAAUGUUGAUGUUUAAAUAGUGUCUGCAUUCAUAUUUAUAAUUUUAAACUUCUGUAAUGUAAAAGCUUCACACUCCUGUGGUUGGAGGUUCGAGUCCCAGGCUGGAGCAUAUUGGUCACAUUAAUGGUGAAUGGUAACAAGUUCUUAGUCUAUUGAUUGGGUAUGAUUUCUUGUGCAAGUUGGAUAGUUUGAGCUGCUCCACUCCAGUGAGAGGCAAGAAAAAUUUCCUUUGCUGAGGAGAAGAAAGGACUGCAGAGAACUGGGAGGAGACUUUGCGUUCUGCUUGCCAUAGUAAAGGAUGUUGGUUGAAUGCACACAGUCAUUUUGGGAUAUCUAAGAAUUUAUUCAAAAUGAUUUUAUGGAGUUGAUAGAUUAUUGUAAAGGAGGAAACUCUGUGACAUCAUCAGUUUUCAAGACACCGGGGCAAGUUCUAGAUUACACUUUUUGAAGGGGACUUAAUGGGUUGUAGAUUUUUUGUCCAAUCCUAGUGUUUUCAGGUUUUCAGUUAUUUAAUUAAUUUCUUUUGAACUGACACUUCUAGGAUGAUUUUCUGAAUUUGUUUAUUUAAAUUGUCUUUGCACAUUUGUUUCCAAUACACAAAUAUGUUGCACUCUCUUAGGGCAGCUUGUUGGCUUCCUAUUUCUUCUUUAAAUCCACGGUCACAGUUAAUUUUCUUUUGCUUGUUCCAGCUAUUUCAAUCACACUUUAAAGAUUUAAGUGUUUAAUCUGUGCAAAGUACAUUUACUCACAAUCUACUUUGAGAAGUCCUGCUGCAUUAGUUGAAAUUUAUACCCCGAAGUUCAGAUACAGUCUGGGUUUCUGGUCUCUGAAAGAAUGGGACAGGCUGCAAAUUGGCAAGGGGGAGCUUAAGUCUUUGAAUGAGGAAAUGAAUUUGUUGUUCUGUAUCAGUUGAGUUAGAUGCAAAGGGAGCAAACUUUAAAUGUGGUCAUUAUUUUUGAACCAACAUUUUAAUAAAAUUAAAAAUAAGAAAGUUGCUGCUUGUGGAAUUUAAGACAGCAGGAAAUCUGAGGCAGUGUUAAUGGAUGAUGGUUCAAUGUAGGAGAUGUUUGUGUUUGAGACUAUAAGUUUGUCUCUUCCAUGUGCUUCUUUGCACCUUUUUGUGCUUGUUGCGUAAUGGUACUAUUGUAUUCUUGCAAAUUAAGAGUUGCGCUAAACCUGCAAUCCUACUGCAAAAGGCAAUAAUGAUCAAGCAAUUACAAAAGGUGGGGGAGGGGGCUUCUGCCCUCAUUGAAUCAACAUAUUUGAAUGCUUGGAAUCUGGCUGCAUUGUCAAGGCAAUGUAUCCCUGGUUGUAGUGGGCCAUUUUGUUUGUGGUGUUGAGCAGAUCUAAAGGAGGAAAGCGUGCACCAAACCAGCAGUCCAGUAAGUGUCUGAAUCAGGUCAUGUACAUUUGGACUAGAUUGCAUUUAGCAUUUUCCCUAUUAAUUAGGGUUUUUUAACCCAAUAUUUGUAAUCCAGUUAUGUGGCUCGCAGUGAAUGCCAUCUAUGACAUAAAAGAAACUUGUUUUCCAGUUUAACUCACAAUUUUAUCUAUUUUUAAUCGAAGCACUUUCAAAAUCAUAACUUGAAACAAAUUGCCUUUGUGCCUUUAAUUAUAGAGCAUCAUAAUAUGUUUUGUAUUUGUAAUCUUUGUGUAUUUUUCAAACCCAUGUGGGACUAUGGAUCAUAAUCCUUGGAUCUGGUUGGAGCAUAUGGCCCUACCUAGUCACACUCGUAUGACUAUCCACACCAGAGAUAAGCAGAUGCAAUCCUAUUCUUCUUUAAUUAAAGGGACUCGGUUGAAUAUGUUUUUAAUGGGGGAAAAAUUAGAUUUCUGAUUGUGAGACAGUGCCUUGCAGCUUUUAUCUGCAGGGCUAUCUAAUUUUGUUUUCUUAGUGUUGAGCGUGUUCAGAGUUGUACAGCCCAUUAUGAAUAAAGUGUUUCCCAAACCCAUUGCAUCAAAACUGUGAUAAAUCUUAGCUUCAAUAAAGAUAAUUUUUUCUGCAUAAAUUCAUCUUUUUUGACUUCUUAGUAACUGCUGUGAGUUUACAGCAGGUUUUGUUCCACUUUCUAAAUCAAACUUCACUGUCUUGUACAUCUGAAUACACACCAAGGAAUCUUGCAGUUCAAAGUGCCACUAUAUUCCUACCCUCAUAAAAGUGGGACAAAAAAGCUAAUUUGGCUUUAUGAUCUUGGGAGUAUUUUGAUCAUUGAAGAAACUGGACAGUGAGCUUACUUGUAUGUCACUCUGCACACAAUAGAGAGGAAUAUACUGUAUGCCCAUGUGCCUGCAAGGGCUUUUUUCAGUUAAUUUACAACAGCAUGAAUGUAAAGCCAUUGUGACUUCGUGAAAAGUAGAAGAAAUGAUCAGUAAUAUGCAAAAAAAAAAUUUUCUUUUCUUCUCUCACUCCCCUCCCCCCCCCCCCAUCCCCAACUGUAGUCUCUUGAAACUUAGCAAAAGUACUAACUCAUUAACACAAGAUUUGGGCAUUAUUUGGGCUGUUGGUUUGAUGAAGCAAUUUGAUCUGCAAUGUUAAAAUCUUGAAUGAGCUAAAAUGUGCUUCUGAAUUUUGCACCAGCAGAUUUUAAUCUCUGUCCUUCCAUAUUUUAAUUAUUUAUGUUCAACAUCAAGAUACUUUUUGGUAGAUGUGGCUUUUUGAUUUUCACAACUAGCUUCCAUAUUUAGCUUUUCUGUAUGCCUGUGAGGCUUAUUUUGAUAUUGAGAAUUUCUGUAUCACUACACAUGGAAAAAUAGCAAAUCAAUAAAAUACCCAAUGUGCUCUCAAGUUGUGAAAAGGUACAGAGUGCAUAUUGAAAGGCAUCUUUGGGGAUUUUUACAGCUUUAAGAGAUGUUCAAAAAUAAAAAUUAUUUUUAGUUUUUUUUCUAUGCCUGUUCCUACUGUUAAGGUGUCCAGCUUCAUGGCCAUCCCAUCUGAAUUUGUGCAUUAGAAAUAUUGAAAGCUUGCAAUGUAUGUACAUUGUCUGUUCAGCCUGUCAAUGUCAAAUCAAGACUAAGAAGUGAGCUUGGUUCUUCCCACUUAGCAGGCAACUGCUUCAUCCUUGUAGCUUCAAUUUAAGGUAUUUAUAAUUCGGGUAGUUAUCUCUAGAGUGAAAAAUAUUAAAACUUCAAACUACCAGGGACUAGGUGUAGAUUAACAGAUCUAAUUCUGGUUGUUGAAAAGACUCAAAGUAUCAGGUAGAGAGAGAGUGACAUUCCAGUCACCUGGCUAUUGCAGUUUUUUUAAAAUUUGUGCUGAUAUUCUCUCGUGAUCUUAGUUCUCACCCUGGCAGUGUUUUUUUAUAUAGCACUGCAGAUAUCACCUUCCAACGCCCUUUUCAACCAUGGAAAAGGCUGUUUGACAUAUUGUGACCUCUAAUGUGCUGUAGAGUAAAGGGUACUGGGGAAUAAAUUAUAAGAGAAUAAGAGCUCAGAUGGCAGAAUGAAGCUUGCAUUAUUAAUCACUGCUGUGUAAACUCAGCAAGAUUAUUGCCUUUGGUUCCAUCUUCUGUGUUAAAGCUAUUGUAUUAUAUGUAAUGUUUAUGUCAUGUUUUAGCAAAUUUGUUUUGAAGUCUGAUGCUGAUCUUUUAAAAGUGUGAGGUAUGAGAAGCAGAUAUCGUCAGAUCCAAUGGUAAUUUGGAAUUGAGGUGGCUUUUGAGAUGUUCUGGUAUCUGACUGCUGGAGGGUAAUAGACAGGUGUUCAGCAUACGUUGUAGAAAUUCAUCCCUAACCUUUCCAAAGAGCAUUGUCUAAGAUGCUGAGCAAGGCACCAAAAAUAUAGUUUGUUUGAACUUCCUCAGGUAUUGUAGUCCCUUACCCUAGUAGUAGCUUUGGGGUUUUAAAAUUGCUGUCAGAGCACCCCAUGCCAUUGAUUUCAUGGUGUAAUUGAUCAUUUUAGAUUGCUAGGUGUGCAUUUUUAAGGUAUAUUUGCUAUUAACUCUUCUCAACCCCACUCUCUUUCUGUGUGCAACCUCAAGGGGAACAAGGAAUUUAGAUUGAUGCUAUUCUGAUGUGGUGCUUUUACUAUUAAUCUAUACUGUAAGUAAUAUUCCCACAUCAAUGUCUAAACCCAUCUGUAGGUUCUGAUCCUCUUCUGGCAAAAACAAAACAGGCUGGGGGUUUGGGGUAAGGAGGCAACAAAGAUUAAUUUUUAAGGAUGGAAUAGAGCAAAAAAAAAUCUUGGUGUGGGGAGAAAAAGAGGAAAGAAUUGUUUUUAAAUUAUAAAAUAUGUAAAUAAAGCUACAGAUCAACAACCAGUUAUAACUGCCCUGUGAUUGUUGCUAUUGCAGCUGGAAUUCGCUCUAUUCAACAACUACCAUAUUUUGCUGGUCAUUUUGUAAAAUAGUCAAUACCUUAGAGAACAACAUUUUCCAAUAGCAGCAAAAAAAUCUUUUGAAAUUGAGAGCUUUUCCCUUCAUCAGUUUCUUGUAUCAGUGUUUGAUCCAAAAAUUGGUACGUGGUGUACAUUAUUCAGCGCCUUGCUGUAUCAAAAAAUUGUAUAUAAUCUUGAGGAACAGCCCAACUGACUGUUUAGGGCAAAUAUUUGUGACUGAUACAUGAAAACUGCAGAAAGAAGUCCUGUGUGUGUUUUUUUUAAAACUAGAGGGAAAUAUGAUUCAAAUUGUUGAAUCCCUUCUACAUAUUGAAUACUUGAGUAAAAACAAAACAUACUGGAAAUACGUGUACACUGGGUUGGAAAGCACCAGUGAAGAGAGAAAUGGGGUUGGCAUUUUAUGUUGACGACUUUCAUCUGAGCUAUUUUACCCUAAAGGUCAUUAACCUGAAAUGUUAACUGUUUCUCCCUCCACAGUUGGUGCCAGACUUGCUAGGUGUUUCUAGCAUUCUUUGUUAGUUCAGAUUUCCAGCAUCUGCAGUUUUUGCUUUUUGGACUUGUGUAUGAAUUGGAUCAAAUCAUUGGUCACAAUGCAUUCACAAGUGCAAACGAGUCUGAAAGUCUAGUUUGUAUCAAGAUCAUUUCCUCCAUUUGACUUUGUUUAAAAUUCUGGGUAUGUACUUUGGAAUGGGUGUGGGAACCUCUUAAGAAAUGUCAUAAAAUUGGGAAAAAAUAGUGUUUGAAGAGCAUAUCAAAAAUAUAGAAGGUAGGAAUUGUUGAAGGUUAUUUGUAGAUGUUGCUGUGUUCCCUGAUAGACAAAAAAAAACUUGAAAUGUGAGCUGAACUGAAAAUAAUGAUGUUGGUAGUUUUCUUUUGCCAUGAUCUAGUAUUAAAAAAAAACAUACCUGGCAGAAAACUGCAAGUUUGUUAUAAAUUAGUGCUGAAAAACCAGGCAACCCAUCUUAUUGCUGUCACCUGAUGACUACUACAUUCUGUUUAAAUAAUUCUAUAAUAUAGAGACUCACUUGAUUUUUUUUCUGAUCUCUCCUUAAAUGAAGGCUAAUAAUUUAUAGGCAGAGAGCAAACAGUUUGGAUAAAGUGACUUUUGCAUUCGAAGGAAUUGUGCAUUCUAUCCUCUCUGUUUAAUCCAGAAGUUACAAAGCUUGAUUUUAUGUUGAAUUAUAUUAAUAUUGGGUCCAGUCAAUAGUAUAUCAUCAAGCCUUGAGGCUCUUCCUGUGCAGAACAAAAGAUGGCAUCCACUUUUUUUUUUGGAGUUUUUAUCUUAGUAUUUUGAAUGAAAUUGUAUUCCUUUUGUUUAGCUCCUUGUUUGUCAACCUACUGACUGUAUGUGUGUCUAUAUUUACCUGAUAAGGCAAAGUAGGGAUGCUAUUACUGUGACUAUUGCCCUAGGUUGAUUGAACAGAAAACACAAAUAAUGUUCACUGGUACGUACGUGUGUGUGUGUGUGUAUGUGUGUGUGUUUGUUACAGUAAAGAAUUAUAAAUUGUCACCAAUUUUAAUUUUGCCCUCUUUUGAUUGUAGGUCAUACAUAGAAUAUUGUAAAACAGAAAUAAAUCUGUGGUUCUACCUGUGUUUCCUUGGAACACUGGUCUUUGUAUAAAAGAUGUAGUUUUAUACAAGAAAGUGUUUGAUUUCUCAAGUAAUCAAGCUUUUGCAAGUCACGCACUUGAGAGCUAACAACUUGAAUCAUUUUCGAUCAGCUUUCCAAAGCACUUUGUCAAUAUUUAAAGCUGGUGCAGUGAUUAGUGGUUGUUUCGCUGAAUUACUUAAUAAGUAGAUUAUCGAUCACUUCUACAGUCAGUUGAUUAUUCUCUGAAUUUGUCAUCUUUCACUUAAAACACCAAAAAUGUUUUUAUUCAAUAUUUCCUGUAACAUUUAUAAAUCAUUUUCAAAUACUUGUUUUAUUUUUGAGGAUAAAUUGAAUUUUAACCAUGUUUUAUAGCUGCUCUUAAUUUUACAUGAUCUUUUGUAUUUGUGACUCUUAACAAAAUCUACUUGUGUUAAUAUAGCACUUAUAAUAAUUUUUUUAAAGUUCCAAAGUACUUCACAAGUGGGAAAAUAAUACCUAGGGAAGGGAAAAUUGAAGAGUGGCUGAAUGGUGGAUAAGAGAGAUGAUUCCUUGAGGUUUUCAUAACCUUGUUGUGAAUUGAAACUUAAAAGAUGGUAAUGCAGCAUUUGUUUAUUUCCCAAUAAACAAUCUGGUCUUCCCUCUGCCUAGAAAGCUGUAUUGGAAAAUAGCUAUUUCUAGCUUAAUGUAACUGCUCUGGCAAUAGUGUUAACAUUGGAAGUCAGUUUAAAGAGAUAAUAUGUAAAAGGAAGGUGCAUGUUAUUCAUAGUCUGUGUUAUAUAAUGAGGCAAUUGAUACCAUCAAGCCUGUGACAGAAAGUGAAUGUUCCUACCAGGCCAGCAUUUAACACCCUUCUCCAAUUGGGCUUGAAAAGAUGAUGAUGGCUUUCAUCUUGAACUGCUGGAGUCUUGGUGUAGGUACGCUCACAAUGAUAUUCAGCAGAAGGGUCUAGAAAAUAAAGGCAGUGAUGAUUAAGAUAUGGCUAAAUAUUUCCAAGUUAGGAUGGUGUGCAGCUUGGCUGAGUGUUGAUGGGUGGUGUUAUUCCCAUGCACCUGCUGCCAUUGUCCUUUUGGGUAGGUCAAGUUGUGAGUUUGGAAGAUAUUGGCAAAGAGGCCGUGAUAGCAGUGAAUGUUAAUCAAGUGGGCUACUUUGACCUGGUUGAUAUCAAAAUAGCCUAAUUUACUGUGACUGCACUUGAUCUGCUUUAUAGACUACCUUUUUUAAAAAAAAAAGAAACACUCCACACUUGUGAUGACCUAAAAAUAAUUUUAACACAUUUCAGGUUAAGAUAAUGCCAUAGGUGCACCCAAUGCAUUUUCACUUGUAAGGACUGGAUUGAAAUCCAGACAAAACUAUUGGGAUACUUCUCUAUUCAACAGGCUAUAAUUUGAGAUACUUUUGGUUCUUCUUAGCCCAGAUGUUAGUGAACCCAAAUCUGUAGCAUAAAACUCUCAUUAACUCUGCGCAAAUUUCCAAGUACACAGUAUGUAUGAUAUAGAAAAUGAAAACACUUGCACUGGUGCAAUAAGGGAUGCUCUUGCAUUAUGGCAAAGUGGGUCAUAAUGGCAGCUCAACUCCAAAGCUGGCUGUUUUAUACCUCACCUGGGAGAGCUCAGUUUCAGCAUUUGGUACAUAAACACAAAAGUAAAUUUCCACACUACUGAGAUCUGACAUUUUGAGAUUGUGGAAAAAUAGUACCAAAACAACUUAAACAAUUUGUUCAUAGUGCAUGCUUUGAACAUCUCAAAUAUAUGCACAAUUGCAAGUGAUUUACCUGCUUUACGUGAACAUGUUGACCUCCAUUCACAACUGUCCUUUUAAAGUUGCUAUCUAAAUGAGAGUAGUGCAUUACCAUUUGGAGUAUAAUCCUUGUGUCACUUCUCAUUAGAACUUACUGGAUUUUCUUGAAUCAUCUGUGGCUAUUGCAAGUAUGUUCUGCUGUCAGCAUCAAGCACGUGCUGUCAGAUAUGAGAAGUAACCUUUCAAUAAAAGAUGCAUCGCAGAUUUUGUACAAGUUUUAAACAUUUCUCCACUGUAGUUCUCCUUAAUGAAAGCUUUACUCUCCUGAGGUAUUCUUAUCUUGCAUUGAAGAACAAUAUGCUACAGUCCAAAAACUGACUUUUCCAGGAUUCAGUUGAACUGUUUAGCACAAAAAAAUUGCAUUAUGAUCUUUGAACUGUUAGAAUUUUUCACAAAUAAUUAUAUUUGUCCACCUUAUCCUGGUAUCUUCCAGUUUCUAAAGAUUUAAAUGUAAAUGUACUAAUAAUUUUUAGGAUUUUUUUCUUCCCCUCUGUGCAGUAUCUAGAUGCUGAAUACUUGCAAUGUGCACUACAAUUAUUGAACCCUGCACUUGCAUAUACUUCCUUUCCCAGAUCAUGUAAGUGGCCUGGGAAUGCCUCAGGACAAUUUAAGAGCCUGGGAUGUACAGGAAGAUCAAGCAGCUAUAACCUUCUCAAACCUGUGACAGCUUCUAGCUUGUGCCUGAUGGAGGUUUAUUAGCCUAACAUGGCAGAAAAAAAUAGUAAUUACUAACUUCAGAUCUUUGGCCUGCCUCAGAACCUAUGAUUAGUGGCACUACCCAGCAUCAGGUUUUUCUUGGCAUCCUUGUCCUAAGGUGCCCAUGAAGUGUUACAAUUGGGAAUUAAGCCCAGAGGCUGAAAGCACCCUUUCCUGAUUUUCCUGAUCAUUUAACUAGCAAUCUUUGGCCUUCUGCAAGUGGAAGCCAAGACAUACCUUGGCGGGAAAGCUGUAGAAAUGCCUAAGCAGUAUUACAGAGUGAUCACUCCAACUUUUCCCGGUCCACAUGAUGAGAAUGCUUGCUUCCUGUGUUCAAGGAUCAAGAAAACUCUUUGCUAUUCUGAGCAAUUUUUUUCAAAACUAAUUGUCCAAAUUACCCUUUCGUCUACCAGUUCCUAUUGUUGAAAAUUAAGGAAAUUAUAUUUUGCAUUUUGCACCAUUGCCAGUCUUCCUCCAGGUUUAGGAUAGCUGUAAACUCAGCAGGCUCUGUCUGUGCUCCAUUUUGGAGUUUUGUGGUCCUAAGUAGAGAGCAUGGAAAAGGUGAAUGAAUAUUUGGUGUCCUGAUUUCAGUGAUGCGAGAUGAUUCCUUCAAAUGAAAUCUCAUUGCCGUGUUGGUGGACAGCAUUGUUUCCAUUUGAAUUUCAGUCAAGUGUUAAAAAGCAUUUUGAGCUGAAUGACGUGAGUGUGAUAUAUUGGUAGUCUAUCACCAUUUUAGCUGGUGAAUUACUAUUAAAGAUAUUGGCACAAACGUUCUUUUUCUGUGUUUGUGCCAAUAUUCUAAACAUGCUCAAUAUUGACAAAGCGUGCUUUUUAAUCUCAUCAUGAGGUCAGCUCAAGAUGUAAUGUAUGAUUAUCCUAAGGUUGUGUUCCUGGAUUGAAGACCCAGCAAUUGAGGGACACUGUGAAGGACUUUAUAAUUUAUAUUCCAAUAAAUAUAAAAUGCAAAUCCAUCUUUGCAUCUUACUUUUGUGUCCAGGAACUGGUCAGUUCUAGAAUAUAGUGCCCGUGUUUUCAGGCUUGCCUUUAAGUAUAUUUCUUUAAGUGGUUGAAAUUAUUUAUUUAAACACUUGAUAACAUUUUCAUUUGCAGUGGGACGAUUGUAAGACAUUUUAGUUUAGCUGUGCACCAUCUGCAUAGAUAAAAAUAAAAAGUGGAAAUGCUGGCAACCUAAAGAAAGAAUUGUAAAUGGUACAAAUGCAGGUCAAUGAAUGGAUGCUGACUGACCAGCAUAUUGCCACUAUUUUCUGCUUUUAAUUUCACUGUGUGUUUGUGUGGACUGCUUAAUGAUAUACUUCACUAACCUAAAGUAAAAGCUUUCAUUGUUUGGAGAGAAAAAGUUAAAACUUUAUACACUUCAAGUAUGUAAACAUGCUAAAGUGGAGUAUACUGCAUGUUUUUUUUGGCUAUUUAAUGAAAUUCUAAGAAAAAGCCCACUUCUGAUAAGGAUGGAGGUAAGCCCGAGUCCCUCAAUUUCAUUUUUUUAAUUAAAAAAAUAACAUGCACAUAUUCUUAUAUACCUCAUGAAAAUGUGAAUAUGACAUUAAUAAUAAACUGACUUCUGGAUCGACUAUCAAUUAUAAAUAACUGCAAUCGUACCUUGCUGAUUUGAUUUUUUGCAAGCAGUUUUUUUAACCUGUAGGUGUAAAUUUUGUUUAGUUUAAAACUGUUAAUUGGUCUGAGGACAGUAAAAUGUAAUCUUAAUAAAGAUGUGCUGCCUCAAAAAAGCUGACCCAUAGCGUGUUUAAAAUGCGUGAAUCUUGUGUUUUUAUACAAUGUACGGAAUUCCAAGUGCAAUACUCCACUGUCCUUCUUUACAGUAGUUUUCUUGAUGGACUUAUUCGUAUACGUUUGUGUGUAAGUACAAUAACAGACCAUUAUUGUCUUGACUUUUUUUUCUCCUGUGAUCAAUAUGAAUUGCAUUAUGUUGCUUUUAAAAACUGCUCCAGAGCCUUUGUACAUGUAUUAUAUUAUAAUUAUAUAUAUUUGUGUACUGGAGAAAAACUACUGUAAGUUUUGUACUGUCAUGGCUGAAGGUCUACUAAAAUAAACUUGAGAAACUCAGGAACCCGUUGACAAGUUGAUUAUUUUCAAAAUUACACUAUUACCUAUGACUUGUGUUUGUGAUUAUGUUAUUAUGUAUAAAUGUGGCCAAAUAGAUAUCCACAU